GUUCGGUUGUCGGCAUUUUCAAAUUUCCUCGUUGUGAACCAUGUUGGUCUGGCAAGACAUUUUCACCGAAGACGAAGUUGUGUCGGACUCGCACAACGUGUAUGAAGCGAAGGACAAGGAAGGCAACUUGAUCCCUGGUAUGAUUGAAGUGGCCAGUAAGACGGUCACCAAGGGUGGCUUGAACGUGGAUGUUGGGUGCGGUGACGCGUUUGGCGGUGGCGACCAAGACGUCGACGACUCUGUCGAAACGGUGAACAACAUUAUCGACGAAUCCGUCGGGUUUGGCUACACGGAAACCGGUUUCAACUCAAAGGCCGACCUCAAGACGUACUUGAAGUCGUACUUCCGCAAGAUCAUCAAGCACUUGAAGGCGACCAACGCCAGCGACGAAACGUUGGACCAAUUCAAAAGCGACGCGCAAGAAAUUGUCAAGGCACUGGUUGGCAUGUACGACGAUCUCCAAUACUACAUGUUCCGCUCGAUGGACUCGGAAGCCGGCAUGGCGUACUCGUACUACAAGGACGGUGCAACCACUCCCGUGUUUAUGUUCAUCAAGUGGGGGUUGAAGGAAGUCAAGUUCUAAACAACGCGAUAAUAUCCACUCCAUUGCAUUAUAGCUCCAUCCUGUCAUCUGCCAACGUUCUCCCGCCGGCGGCUCCGUUGAACCCAGGUAGCAAAAGUCGUGGUAAUCUUUAUUAGCCUUGCGCAAUUGUUUGCCGAGCAAGCUCGAGCUGCUGGUCGGUGAGGCCCUUUGGAGCGGCUAGAGCGGGCACACUGGGCCGUCCAACCCGCAGCUUGGAGUUGUCGCAUUGAAAGCACA